UGGGCCGUGGAGAGGAGCUGCUGAUGGACCGCAUGCCGACCUACUCGGCUGGAACUGGGGCGCUGGCUCCCUGCUGAACGCAGCGGAGGGCAGCUCCGCUGGCUUUGCGUCCCCUUUGCCAGACGAUGCCCUCGGCACAGCCGCCAGGCCAGCUUCCUGGGGAGCCGCCGGAGCGCGGGCGACUGGGAGAGGGGGCGGUGCGCAGUUCCCGGCCCGGCCCUCCCCGCGGAGGCGGCCACGUCAGCGCAGCGUCGCUCGGGGCUCGCGGCCCGAUGGGGAAGGCGGCGGCGGCGGCGGCGGUGGCCUUUGGGGCCGAAGUGGGCGUGCGGCUCGCGCUGUUCGCGGCCUUCCUGGUGACGGAGCUGCUCCCCCCGUUCCAGAGACUCAUCCAGCCGGAGGAGAUGUGGCUCUACCGGAACCCCUACGUGGAGGCGGAGUAUUUCCCCACCAAGCCGAUGUUUGUGCGUGGAGAAAGAUCGUCCCUCCUCCCUCCCCAUGACCGGGCUUCCCGCGGGCACCUGUGCGUUUUCCGCCCCGAGACGGCCUCUGUUAUUGCAUUUCUCUCUCCACUGUCUCUGAUCUUCCUGGCCAAAUUUCUCAAGAAGGCAGACACAAGAGACAGCAGACAAGCCUGCCUGGCUGCCAGCCUUGCCCUGGCUCUGAAUGGCGUCUUUACCAACACAAUAAAACUGAUAGUAGGGAGGCCACGCCCAGAUUUCUUCUACCGCUGCUUCCCUGAUGGGCUAGCCCAUUCUGACUUGAUGUGUACAGGGGAUAAGGACGUGGUGAAUGAGGGCCGAAAGAGCUUCCCCAGUGGACAUUCUUCCUUUGCAUUUGCUGGUCUGGCCUUUGCGUCCUUCUACCUGGCAGGGAAGUUACACUGCUUCACACCACAAGGCCGUGGGAAAUCUUGGAGGUUCUGUGCCUUUCUGUCACCUCUACUUUUUGCAGCUGUGAUUGCACUGUCCCGCACAUGUGACUACAAGCAUCACUGGCAAGAUGUACUAGUUGGAUCCAUGAUUGGAAUGACAUUUGCCUAUGUCUGCUAUCGGCAGUAUUAUCCUCCUCUGACUGAUGCAGAAUGCCAUAAACCAUUUCAAGACAAACUUGCACUUUCCACUGCACAGAAGAAGCCUGGGGAUUCUUAUUGUUUUGAUAUUUAAAAAUUGAAUCUGGCUGGGCAUGGUGGCUCAUGCCUGUAAUGCCAACACUUUGGGAGGCCGAGGAGGGUGGAUCACCUGAGGUCAGGAGUUCAGGACCAGCCUGGCCAACAUGGUGAAACCCUGUCUCUACUAAAAAUACAAAAAUUAGCCAGGAGUGGUGUGCCUGUAAUCCCAGCUACUCGGGAGGCUGAGGUGGGAGAACUGCUUGAACCUGGGAAGUGGAGGUUCCAGUGAGCCGAGAUCGCGCCACUGCACUCCAGCCUAGGCAACAGAGUGAGACCCCAUCUCAAAAAAAAAAAAAAAAAAAAAAAAAAAAAUUGAAU